AUGGCCACCGAUGCGUUACCGCGUAAGCUCUGGGAGCAUCCCGACCCCAAGGGUACGGAGAUGUACCAAUUCUUGGAAUCCGUCAAUAUCCAUUUCGGACUCAAGCUCAAGACGUUCGAUGACCUCCACAACUGGACGGUCGCGCACCGCUCCAAAUUCUACGGCCAUCUCUUCAACUACGCCAACCUCAUCUACGAAGGCCGACCAAGUUCGGUCGUCGAUGAGUCCCUGCCUAUAGACGCCAUUCCCAAGUGGUUCCCUGGCGUUCGUCUCAAUUGGGCCGAGAACAUUCUCUACUCUCGCGGCCCUACAGACGCGCCCGACCACCACGGUGUUGUGGGCAAGGAAGAUGAGAAGCACGCCGUGACCGAGGUCCGGGAGGGCAACACAGGCGACGUCCGAAAUCUCAGCUGGGGCGACUUUCGCAGGGAUGCAGGGCGUCUGGCUGCUGCCAUGAAGGCGCGGGGAGUCAAUGAGGGUGACCGUAUCGUUCUUGUCGGAGCUAACUCCAUCGAAACGCUGUUGGUUUUCACGGCUGCUACUUGGCUAGGUGCCAUCUUUAGCAGUUCAUCGACGGAUAUGGGUGUCAAGGGCAUCCUACAGCGGACCACGCAGGUUGACCCCAAGAUAGCUGAGACGGUCUCCGGGAUGAAAUCAUGCCCGUCAUUCGCCGGUCUCGUUUCCAUCCCUCGUUUCUCCAAACCUUACGACGUCUCAUCUAUUCCCAAGACGGAGCUAUGGGACGACUUCUUCAAGUCCGCAAGCUCUUCUCAGCCCCCGGAAUUCGUUCGGAUCCCCUUCCACGCCCCCUUUCUCAUUUACUACUCCUCGGGUACCACAGGUAUCCCAAAGGCGAUCGUGCACACCGUCGGUGGCGUUAUCCUUAACAUUGUCAAGGAAGGUCGCUUACACGAGUCCAUGUCGUCGGAAUCGGUGUGCCUGCAGUACACCACGACCGGCUGGAUCAUGUACCUGGCAAACGUCGCAGCUCUUCUCAACGGUGCCCGUGUUGUAAUGUACGACGGCUCGCCAUUCGUGCCGGAUCUCACAUCAUUCAUUCGCAUUCUCGGGGAGCAGCGUGUCACAAAGCUUGGUAUCAGCCCUAGGUGGAUGUUUGAAGUUGCGAAGAACAAGAUCAGCCCACGGGAGGUCACUGACCUGAGCGCGCUGCGUAUCGUGACGAGCACAGGCAUGGUCCUCUCCAAUCAACUAUUCGAAUGGUUCUACGACGCCGGCUUUCCGAAGCAUGUCCACCUGGCCAACAUCUCAGGUGGUACCGACAUUGCCGGUUGCUUUGGCAUGGAGAACCCCUUGACGCCUGUCUACGUCGGCGGCACCCAGGGCCCCUCGCUCGGCGUCCCCAUCGAAAUCUUCGACGCACAGCUCCCCAACGGUCCCGGCAAACCCGUCCCACACGGGGAGCCGGGCGAACUCGUUGCUACCGCCGCAUUCCCCAACAUCCCCUGCUUCCUCUGGGGCGAUUCGACCUCUCCCUCCUCGUCCGCAUCUAGCUUCUGUUCCGCGCCACCGGGGACGAAAUACCACUCCGCCUACUUUGCUCGAUUCGACCACGUCUGGGCCCACGGAGACUUCUGCCAGGUGCACCCGAAGACGGGCAACAUUGCAUUCCUCGGCCGCGCAGAUGGCGUGCUGAACCCCAGCGGAAUUCGGUUCGGGAGCGCCGAGAUUUAUGCCGUCAUUGAGCGCAACUUCUCGAACAAGGUGGUGGACAGUCUAUGCGUCGGACAGAGGAGGCCGAGUGAUGAUGAUGAGAGUGUUAUGCUGUUCUUGAUGAUGCGCCCGGGAGAGAAGUUUGAUAAGAAGCUGGUGGGCGAGGUCAAGGAUGCUAUCAGGAGGGAGCUGACCAAGAGGCAUGUGCCGAAAUACGUCUUUGAGACGCCUGAGAUUCCGACAACAGUGAACCUGAAAAAGGUCGAACUGCCCGUGAAGCAGAUCGUGUCUGGCUCACACGUCAAGCCCAGCGGCACCCUAUUGAACCCCCAGAGUCUAGACUUUUACUAUCAGUUCGCAAAGGUGGAGGAGGUGCUCGUAGGAAAGGAGAAGUUGUAA